AUGGCCCUAACUCCGGGUGCAAUUCCGGUGAUCGUGGUGUCGUUCAUCGCUACAAUUCUGUCCAUGGUUGCCCUUGUGCUACGGCUAUGGUCAAAGUACAUCCUGCGCCGUCGCAUGGUAUUGCAUGACCACAUGGCUUGCGCUGCGAUGGCGUUCACAGCGGGCACCUCGUCUGUUCUUCUCGCGGCCGGGUUUUCUGCAGACUCGGGACUGCAUCCCGACCAUAUCCUAGCGACCGACCCAGCUAUCUUUGCGUUUAAUCUCAAGCUAUUCGUGCCGACACAGCUUCUCUGUGUGGCCGCCAACACCUGCGUUAAGAUUUCGAUCCUGUCGCUGUAUACGUCCCUGUUCCCCAGCUGGCGAUUCACCCUGCUGUGUUACGCCACCAUGGCGGCGUCGUCGGUAAACUUCUUCGCCGUCCUACUCGAGAUGUUCCUGCUCUGCACACCCGUCCAAUUUACCUGGGACAAGUCAAUAGCCGGCACUUGUGAGGGGCAAGCCACGGCGUACCUAAUUGCGGGCAUCUCUAACCUGGUGAUUGACGUCUUUGUCCUCGUCAUUCCCAUGCCCAUGCUCUUUGGGCUUCGUAUGCCGCUGCGGAAGCGGCUGGGCGUGGUUGGCAUGUUUAGUUUGGGA